AUGGCAACUCAGACAGAUAUUCUACCGGACCUUACCGAUCAUGAAAAAGCUUUCAUAUUUCAAUUCCUUGAUGCUAAUCUAAACUCCGGAAUUCUCUACGCGCUAUUGCAUGGCAUCUAUACCAGCAUUCUUGCUGUUACGCUGUGGAAUAUAUCUAUGGUCACCGUUAUCAUCCUUCUCUAUGCUCUGAUUACCAUCAAUUUUGGUGCCAAUUGGUCACACACACACUUCGCAUUCAUCGAAAGCGGUCAAAGUUUUCAGGCUGUGUAUUCUGGUCUUCAAGAUAUCCAAGCAGCUUAUUGGGAGACGGAUUUGGUGCUGCUGGAUGGUUUGGGGAUGACGCUGGCUUGUUAUUCUGCUUCCAAUACUUUCCCUGGCUUCUGCGAUUGGCUUCGCCGUGGAGCUGAGGGUCGACUAAGAGUUUAUCACCGUUUCAUUGAAAUACUAGUAGAGUCUUCGGCACUCUAUUCAAUAACUCUGAUCCUAUUUUUGGUUUUCACCAUUCGCAACCGCCAGGGACAAUAUUACCUUGAUAUUGCAGCCAGCAUCGUGAAGGAACUUGCUCUUGCACUUCGCUCUGCUUUGACCGAUCGUGCCCAUCCAAACACUGAUAUUGCUCCAGAGAGUGGGACGUCCGAGCCCUACCUUGAGAAUCACUCGCUCCUUCAAGACAGCUCACCCCCUUCUGAGCAUGUCAUCCACGGUUCUACUGUUGUGGACGAGGAGGCAGUUCCAAGUCGAUGA